AUGAUUGCUGAUGCCGUGUCGGCAUUGGUAGUAGCUAUCACUGAUAGUGAAGAGAAGAACACUCUAUUUGGUGACAUGGUACCAGGUGUGGAACUAAUCCAACAGGCUGUACUUGGAAUGUGCGAGGCAGCUGAUGAAACAAUCAAAUUGAUAGAUCAAGAAUUUAAAGAACAAUUGAUUGAGACGAGUAGCCGUCUAAAGACGUCGGCAAACCAAUUGUAUGCUGAUGCUGUACGUGCCCGCUCCGACCCUUGGAACAGAGCUCCACAAAAGGAUGCCAUCAAAUCCGCCAAACUCAUCCUUCAACAUGUCGUGUUGUUGGUGCUCAUUGAGGAGCAAUCAAACAUUAAGGUACUAGUGGCCAUUGCCAAGAAGGUGGCAGAGGGUGUGCACCGCAUCGAUGACAUUGAGAAUGUCAAUCAAUUGAAUAUUAUGAUCAAUGAUGUCAUCUCGCUUGAAGAGGAGUUGGUCAAGAGAUCAAAGCGUCGCUCUGAAGGCUCGAACAAUGCAGAGUUCAGGGACCGUCUGGAUGAGUUGGCCAGUCUCGUCGACACACUGAGCCGCCAGCAUCAGAAUGCCGCCCGCCAAGUAUGCAACAACCCACACGACCACAAUGCCCGUGCAACACGUGUCGACGCUAGCCACAAACUACUUGGCGCCAUCGAUGACCUGAUCCACACGAUCAAACUCAUCUUUGCCUCGAACACGAAGUUUGUUGACCUUGCCUUCAAGUGGAAGCCCGUGCGUACCAUCGCUGAAGAUGAGGUGUCUGCCGCCGCCGCCAGACUCAUCGACCAUCUCUAUGGCCUGCAUAAGCAAAUCGAACUCGGUAACGGCCCCGCCGCUGCACGCGAGAUUGUCAACGCUGCCAACCUGCAGAUAUCCAACGCCAUUGUCGUGGCCAACAGAUGUGAGGACCCAGUGAAGAAGAAGAUGAUCCUCAAGAGCAUUGAGGAACUCAAGAGGUUGACACCAAUGUUGAUCGCUGCAAUCAAGCCAGUGUUGGAGAAUCCCAACGACGCCAAGGCCAAGCAACACCUGGACAAUCUCAUCUACCAGACACAGAGAGCCGCCGAGAACCUUGCCACCGCCGUCACCUCAUCGCCCAACGAGAUUGUUGCUGCCAAUGGUGCAGCAAUUGCUCGCGAGCUCGAUGCCCUCGAGGAUGCAUUGAGCAAGGGAGACACCAAGCGCGCUGAGGCCAUUGUUAGCAACCUUGGCAACUCUAUCGACCGACACAUCGAACUGUCCUCUACGCUGCUCGACUCGAUCCAAGAUCCAUCCCUCCGACACCAGAUCCAAAAGGCAAUCGACCGUCUUAUCGAGGUCAAGCCUAAACUCUUGGACACUGCCAACAAGUGCAUUCGCAAUCCACACGACGAUGAGGCCAGACGUCAGCUUGGUCAGCACAUCAAGGAGACCAAGUCUGCCCUGUCUGCCAUCUCCCAACCACACGAGAUCGUCUCGGCACUCAAUGCCAAGCUGCACAACGACCUCGACUCGUUGCUCAAAUGCAUCGACGAGGGUGGCCCCGACAUGCAGAUCAAGGCCGUGCAGCAUGCCAAGGAUAUCGCUGCCGACAUCAAGAGACAGAUCGAGGAGGCCGAAGCCUACGCAGCAACAGUCAAGGAUCCAGCGCGCAAGCAACAGAUAUUGGACGCAGUGAACCGUCUGAAGGAGCUGUCGCCACUGUUGAUGGAGGCCAUCAGGAAUGUGUUGGCCGACCCGACCAACAAAGCAGCCCGCGACAGACUGGAGGAGUUGGUGCGACAGGUCAAGGAUGCCAGCAACAACCUGGCAGCGGUCAUGCAGCCCACACCAGAGGAGCUGCGACAGCAGAGAUUGGAGCGCGAGAAGUUGAUGCAGAAGAAGGUUGUCGUGGAGCAAGAGCCACCCAAGGCACCGACCAAGUUCAAGAUAGAGGGUCCAGUGAACAAGGCCGUCUACAAUGCUGCCGAGGACGUCGCCAACGCCUUGGAGAAGAAGGUCAGAGACAACACCCCCCUGGGCAAGCUCGUCUCGUUUGGUGAUGAGAUCGCUGCACAGAUGGCGCUGUUGGCCAGUUUCGCUGCCAAGGGUGACGUAAAGGGAAUGAUCAACACUGCCAAGAAGAUCGCCGAGAUGAUCAAGGCCAUCAACUUGAAUGCUCGCCAGAUUGCCGACCAGUGCACAGACCCCCGUCUCAAGCAGGCUGUCUACACCUACCUGGACUGUGGUGGCAACUUCUCCACACAGCUCAAGAUCAUCUGUGCAGUCAAGUCGGACUGUGACGACAACUCCACCUCUGAGGAGCAGCUGGUCACAUGUGCCAAGGGUCUGGCGUCAGCGGUCAUCAACACCAUCAAGUCCGCUGAGGCGGCCACUCUAAGACUAAAGUCAGUGAAGUAA